AAUCAUAUGAAAGAAAGGAGUUUUAGAUCAAAGGGAAUUAAUGAAUCUUUUGAGAUAGCAGCAUCUUCCAGAGUGAUAACAAAUGUUUUGAAUAAUCUUAUAGAUAAUCUUAUGGAACUAGAUAAAAUAAAUGAAGAAGAUAUUAAUCAUGAUGUUAUCAAAUCUGAUAUUGAUGAAGGUAGUGAAAAAGAAAUAAAUAAUGAUGACAAAUCAGAUAAUGUUGAAUCAGUCAAUUUUAAUAUGUCAAAAUCAAAUUAUAAAGAUAAAAAUACAAAGAUACCAUUUACAAAUAUCAAUCAGAGAUUCUUAUAG